AUGGACGGAAAAGGCAUCUGGCCGUCGAGUAAAAGGACCAGCCAGGGAAUGGCUGUAGGGGAAAGGAAGGUGGCGUAUUCGCUGCAGGGGCUUGACAUUAAUGACUAUCAAGAGAAGAAGGAAGAGGAGGAUGAUGAUGACGCUUCUGAUUCAGGGUCCAUGAAAUCAACCAAAUCAUUCGAAGCGCAGAAUAUCCAUGUGACCAUUGAACAUGGCCGCAGAUACUGCGACGACUUCUACUUCAUGCCCAACGACGAGACCGAAAGUACCCGUUUGAACAUCAUCCAUCAGAUCUACCUCAUCCUUCUCGACGGCAAGCUUACCACCGUGCCCCUGGCCAAAGACGAGCCCCGAAUCCUCGACGUCGGCACCGGCACUGGCGACUGGGCUGUCGAAAUGAGCAGCCUUUUCCCGAAAGCUACCAUUGUCGCCACGGACAUCGGUAUCUUCGAUACCGGACUUGUGCAUAUCGACCUCCCCAACGUGUUCUUCCAGCUCGACGAUGCUCGCGAGGAGUGGACGUACCACGAGCCCUUCGACCUGAUCCACCUGCGCGGCCUUUCGGGCGCCUUCAACGACUGGCCCGCUAUUUAUCGACAGGCAUUCGAACAUCUCAACCCGGGCGGAUACAUCGAAAUCGCAGAUACAGACCCGGCAGGCGACUCAGUGACAUUCCCGAAUUCAGAGAGCUCGUAUUUCCACAUUUACACGGGUGCAAUGCGCUCUGCUGCCGAGGCAUUGAAGUACCCGCGCGACCUUUGCCAUCUGAAACCCAACAUGCUGUCCGCCGCGGGAUUCGUGGAUGUCCGUGUCUUUGAACGCACAGUCCCCAUCGGGUUAUGGCCGCAGGACCUGCAUGAGAAGACCCUGGGUAAAAUGACGCUGAUCGCUGUGCUCGAAGGUCUGGAGGCGUAUGGAUUGCGAUCGCUUACGGCUACUGGAUGGACAGCAGAUGCAGUCCGGGAUCUAUGCGAAAAAGCAAAAAUGGAGAUUAUGAGUGCGGACCGGAUGACUGCGCGUGUUAAGUUCAUGACGGGUAGGAAGCCGAUUUCGAGGGUUCAGAUGAAGGAAAUGAGGCAGAGGGAGCUGCUUGCCAGGGCCUUAAAGAAGGUUGAGGAGUGA